AUGAAUUCAAAUACAAUCAAUCCAAUUCAACCAUCUUCUUAUGUCGGGUUCGAUACUAUUACAAAUCAAAUUGAACAUCGUCUAUUAAAGAAAGGUUUCCAAUUCAAUAUUAUGGUAGUAGGUAGUUCUGGUUUAGGUAAAAGUACUCUAAUUAACACUUUAUUUGCAUCUCAUUUAAUUGAUUCCUCCACAGGUAAAGAUAUUACUCAAUUGCCAGUCUCAAAAACUACUGAAAUUAGAGUCUCCACUCAUGCCUUAGCUGAAGAUAAAGUUCGUUUAAACGUAAAUGUCAUCGAUACUCCAGGUUUUGGUGAUCAUAUCAACAAUGAUAAAGCAUGGGAACCAAUUGUUAAAUAUAUUAAAGAACAACAUUCUCAAUAUUUGCGUAAAGAAUUGACCACUAAUAGAGAAAGGCAUAUCCCUGAUAGUCGUGUUCAUGCAAUCUUAUAUUUCUUACAACCAAACGGUAAAGGUUUGUCUAAAUUAGAUGUAGUUGUAUUGCAAAAAUUAACUGAAAUCGCAAACGUUAUUCCAGUCAUUGGGAAAUCUGAUACUUUAACUUUAUCUGAAAGAACAAGAUUUAGAAGAAUCGUUCAAAGAGAAUUUAAAAAAUAUCAUUUAAGAAUUUAUCCUUAUGAUUCUUCAGAUUUAGAAGAUGAUGAAAUAGAAUUAAAUCAAAGUAUAAGAUCAAUUGUUCCAUUCGCUGUAGUUGGGGCAGAAAGAGAAAUUGAAGCAAAUGGUGAAACUUUUAGAGGUAGAAAGACUCGUUGGGGAUUAAUUAAUAUAGAUGAUAUUAAUCAAUGUGAAUUUGUCUAUUUAAGAGAAUUUUUGAUUAGAACUCAUUUACAAGAUUUAAUUGAAACAACUUCAUUCGUUCAUUACGAAGGUUUCAGGGCAAGACAAUUAUUAGCUUUAAAGGAAAAUGCCAAUAGUCGUGCAUCUGCUCAUAUGUCAACUACUAAUAGUACUUACCAACAUUAA